AUGGCUGACGAUGCGUCGAAGUUCGUUCUUCUCGCAUCCCCUAACUGGUAUUGUAGUACUGUGGCAGACUGUAGUUUGAACAGUGUUUAUGCGUUUGGUGCUAGAAAUUGCGUCUAUCUUUUGGACGUCAGCUCGGUGUCGCCUGUUUUUGAGGGUCAACUUGACGGCCAUGUGGAGCGUGUGACAAGUGUGUGUUUUUCCAAACACAAGCUUCACCCGAGUUUCCUUGCUAGCGGUUCGGAUGAUAAAACAGUGAAAAUUUGGGACAUAGGGUCAAAGCUUGCACUAAUGGAACAUAAGGCGCACAACGUACGUAUUUUUAUUUCCACAAAAUUAUAAUCCUGUAAUAUAUUUGGUACUACUUAUUACGGCUGAUUUGAUUUACUCCAUGAACAGCUGAAUUCAUUCAGCUGAAUUGAUCUUGAAACUCACCUUCGCUUCUUUCCUGUUUUCCUGGCAUAGCUUGAGUUUCAGAACAACGAUAUGACCCAAAUGUGACUAUAGAAGCUAUUUUUUUACAGCUAACAAAUUUCCUCCUUAGUAUCUUGUGAAUUUUGGUCAAUGUUUAUAUUAAUUUAUUUGUUUAUUUAUUUUUCGGAUUGAGAUAUGUAAGCUUGAUGAAACAUUACCCCAUCAAACAGCCAGAGCUAUGUCUCUUGUUUCUUGCAUCACAUUCUCUUCUCCUUGCUAACUCUCACAGUUAGAUUCUAUGUGGACAGGGCAUAGCUGUUUAACCCUUAACCCCUAAGAGUGACUAUCAUCUAAUUUCUCCUUACAAUAUCACCCUUGAAUCACACACAAAGGUUAAGAAUAAAAGAAAUGAUCACCAACUAAGAAGCUUUUGAUUGUUGGGCAAAUUCUCCUUAUUGGCAUUAUAAAAUAUGUACCAAGAACAGUAUGGAGAAUAUGAACACUGACCAGUGGGUGUAAAGGGUUAACAUCUGCAUCUGUGCCAGGCUUUGGUGUGAAAAACAGAUUUUGAAUCUUUUUUAAAGUUUGAUUUUCCAUUCUGUUGCUUCUAGGCAUUGUUUUCCUUGCCGUUUUUCUUUUACAGAACAAUAUUUUAAAAAAAAUUUCUCAACAACAAAAUGCCUAAAUUUUAAAUACCAGUGCCCUUUUUUUUUCUUGAAAAUUCCCUGAAUUUUAAACCUUGUGUGACAUGUCAUUGCAGGGCGUGAAAUUAACUUUUUUUUCUGAUAGCCACUUGGCUCCUAAAUUCUUCAAAGUGGUAGCCAAUUCAAAAAAAGUUGGUCGCCAUUUUCAAAGACAAACAAAAUCUUUCUUUACGCUGUCAGCGUUCUAGAUAGACCCUAAAAAAUUAACGUGCUACAAAGUGGACACUAGGAUGGAUGAUAUACAACAUUCAGGCUCAUCUUAAUCCAAGAUGGCGUCUAGUUAUCGAUCGAGAUGCAUGUGCUACGUUUUGGAAACAAACUUAAAGAGGAAGUUUGCCGUGGAUUUAUCUUUGCAAAUCUUUUUAAUUCACUAUAUCUCUUGGUAAGGUUAUGAUGAAACAUUCUAGUCACCAAUUUGGCGAUUAACUUUCAGGAUUUGGUCGCCAAAGUGAAAAAUUUAGGCGCAUUGGUGCCUGUAUUAGGCGCAAUUUUAUGCCCUGCAUUGUUCAGCUCUGCCUGUAGACAUUAAUAUAUAAAUAGAUGAGAUGAGAAAUGUAUGGAUGACAUGAUGUUAUGUACAACUGCAUACCAGAAUCUUCUAAGAAACAUUAUCUUUUUCCUCAAUCUAAUUGAUGAUAAUAUCCAGUAUUCCUUUAUCUUUUAGGCUAAAGUGACGUGCCUUGCUUGGUCUCCUGUUGUUACAGAUCUUGUUAUCUCAGGUAAGAGAAUCCUGCACAUAUAAUGUGUUGAAAAAAUUUGCUGAAUGUAAAUAAUCCUUAGAGAUUGGUAACAUUGCUAUUUGACCAGAAUAGCUCACAGAAUAGUUCACAGAAUAGCAAUGAUUUUGGUGAGCAAGUGUUUAGUAUUUUCUUCGUGAAAAUUAUAGCUGCCAUCUUUGAUUUAUCUUAGCAGCAGAAGGCUGGGGAGAGAAAGACUCAAAGAGUGAAUGAUGGUCAAAAGGAAGGAGAGGGGAGGGGGAGAGGCAAUAAAUAUUUUCCCAGAGUUUGCUUGUAUACUUGGUGCACAAAUGGUCUUGGAUUCUGUGAUUUAAUCACCUGAACUUGAACACAUUUACAUGUAUAUGUUCUUGAAUUAUGUUCCUGUAAGCAGAGAGGGUGUAAAUCAGGAACAGGGAUCAAAGAAUUUUUGGGCUACUUUACAGCAUUAUCUGGUCAAAAGUAGAUGACAGAGCCAUCAAUAACUUUUUUUCAUUAAUCACAUGUGUUGCUGUUUCCUUAAGCCAUAUCUUUCUACACCUGACCCAGUUAAACAUACAAUAUUUUUGAAGUUCAUAUCAAAGAUCUAUACAGUUGACACCCUGUUUUGAAAGUUUUUGUACCAUUACUUACAGGUGAUGAAAAAGGUUCCAUCAUAGCAUGGAGGUAUACAGAAGAAAAUCUUUUUGAAGCUUGUCCAGUCCAAGAUCAUAUUUUCUCUGUGGCUCUUUCCUAUAUUUCGCAAAGUGAAAUAGCUGUCGGGUGAGUUCAAAGAGAUUGGAGAAAAUUUCACAGGUUUUUUUUUUGUCUUGGUCUCUUAAACCAUAAUCUAGUUUAGAUUUUAAGCAGUAGUCUCUGUCAAAGUGGUCCUUUGCAUUCAUCCUUCACCCUCUAAAGAAUGUCCUGUUGUGCACAGUUCCAUUCAGUUUAGGAAAGUUCUGUUUGUUUUUGCACACUCCAUCUGAUUUCAGACAGUUGGUAAUUUUUUUUAAGAACGAACUCUGGGUAAAACAAUUAGAAUAUUACAAGCUUUGAACCUCCUGAACUGCAAAUAAUUCAUGCUUAAUAAUUUCGCAACUUCAUGGUUUUUUAUUCAAAUUUUUUCCAAUUUUUUUCAUUCUGAUUUCACCUGUCGAAGACUGCAGUUCAGGCAGUUGAUAGCUUGUAACUUUUUAAAUGUUUUAGCCAGAGAUCAUUUUAAAAAAAUGGUUUAUUAAAGACAGUUUUAGUAAAUUUCAGAUUAUUAUUAUCUUGUAGGUACAAGAGUGGUCUGAUAGCUGUUUUGAAUGUUGAUACAAGCAGAAGGAGUGUUUCGUUAGUGCACAAACUGCAAGGACAUUCUAGUGAAAUUCACAGUCUAACCUGGUGUCCAGCACCUAAGGAAGACAUUGACUUUGGUAAAUUUUUAUAUUAACCAUACAGUAUAUUGUGUAGAUCAAUAAAAUAUUCCUGCUACAGGUGGAGUUGCAUCUCAUUCCCAGAGAAGAGAGGGGGCAGCAGUAUUCCUAUUGAUGGGUUUCCUGGCAGUUGCGAGUUUACAUUUUUACAGAGGGGAUUUAUUAAAUAAAUUAUAUUUAAUUAAUAAUCAUUAUCGUAGUAGGACUGAGUGGAGUCCAAUUCUGUCUGUAAUCAUACAAGUGAUCCAAAAAAAAUUGGACAACUUCAGAAGUCCAAUUUGUUUAUCACUGCAAGAGUCCGAAUUGUUAAUCAUGAGUAUGAUCACUGACAGAAUUGGACAACACAAAGCCCUGUUACUAGUUAAUCAACAUUAUGACAAUUUGAGAAAAAGAAACUAGACACCUGUUAUAUGUCUUCAUAAAAAAGCAUCAGUUAACAUGGCAUAAUGUGUGACAACAGCACUCGCUCAUGAUGCACGCUGUCCUCUUGCAUAGGUAUGACUCAUCAACUGUCCUAUUACAUUGUCCUAUUGCAAGCAUGAUGUGUAUACUUUCCUAUUAGUUCUCAAAUUGGGCUGGUGAUUACCAAUCACAUUAGAGAAUUUUGUUAUAGUAUUAACUAGAGGGUUUAUAAGACGUGCAUUAUUUUAAGGUCCUAUACAAGACAAGGUUUCAGCUGCUGAAGGACACUUGAUAGUGUCAGGUUCAAGGGAUCAGACAGUCAGGUUAUGGAAUGCAGCACAAGGCAAAGUUCUGUCCUUUAAACAACUGCCUAAAAGAUCAUCACGAAAGGACAAACAUGAUUCUUAUGGCCCCAGAGACAGAUUGUGGGUCAGUGUUUGCUGGCCUGCUGCAUCACCAGGCCAUGUUAUUUCUAGCAGUCAUGGGUAAGUUAGUUUGCAGAAUCAGUGAGCAGGAGGAAAUCCUUUGAAAGAAAGAAAAUUUGAUGCAGGUGAUAGUUAUGCAUAAGAAACUGGAAAAAUGUGUUGAAAAGUAUGCCUGGCUUUCUAACCAGUCUGUAAUGAGUUUCAUGAGAAAUGAGUGAACUCUUAAACAGCUGUUAAUAAUGAUGCUAGAUUUUGAAAAUGAUGAAAAGUAUUUCUGAAACUUAGAUCCUAUUUGUUUGCCUGGCCUAAGAUCUUGUGGUAAACAGAUUUCAAAUAAAUGACUGUUCACCACUUCAGUUAUCUUGUUAGCUCAGUUGGUAGUAGAGCACUACACCGAUAUGGCAGGGGUCAUGGGUUCAAAUCCCAGGGACACAGCAUUGUUAAGUUAAACAAAAUUGUUAUCUAUGCCUUAAUUUGUUUUUACAUAAUCUGGUGCAUAGUGGCGAAGUUUUGUUGUGGGAUCUCAGCAAGAAUGAAGGAAGAGCACAAUGCCAAACAUUUGGCGUGGGCCACUCAAGAAUUGUGUUUAAUAUCAGCUGUGACAUUUCUGGUACAAGAGUGCUGACUGCCUCCAUGGACAGACAGGUACAGUACUCAUUUUAUAUCACUGGUGUAAUACAUUGCUGUCUCUAAUUGUCUUUUACCAUAAAUGUAAGUUUUUAGACUUCACGUGGUAAAGGGUGUACAUAGCUCGUAAAACAGGUGUAUUGUCAUCAUAUUGUCAUCAUCAUUAUUAUAUUCUCAUCAUCAUUAUUAUUGUUGAUAUUAUUGUUAUCACUAAUAUAGUGUUAUUACUACAAGGCAAAGGCAAAGCACGAGUCAUACGCGUAAGGAAGAGGGAGGAAAUAUAACAGAGCCCCUUGCCCUUCGCGAAUCGCCUGUGCGCCCACCUCAUGCCUAUCGCCGGUCACCUAGAAAACGCAAAAAAAGAAAUGACGCUUGUUUUUCUGUCUAGGGUAUAUCUACCUAAUUCUUCCUUACCAGGGGGUGUUAAAUCGGUAAAACUAGAACGGGCGCGAGUUCCAAAUCGCGUGUACAAAUGCGUCUGUCUUCUCCUCGUCUCGCGUCCAACGUGACGCUCUCUUCAUGGAUUGACGAAAAUUACGCUUUGGUUUCUCGGCACAGUCCAUUAUUUUGUGGUGCUAUUAUGUAAACGAAAACAGAUUAACGCUAGGAUACUAGCGUGAAUUCGCAUGGAAGAAAAAGUUGCCCUGCUAUCAUGUAAAAAGAAAUCCUUCAGUAGAAAUGGUUGGUAGACAGGAAAAUUGUCUUGCACUAUGUACAGCAAAUUGAUAAUCAAACCUAGACAGUAGAAACCACUGAUUCAGAGGACAUGAUGGUAGUCUUAAGACUACCAUAUUAUUCACAGUAGUCAAACACAGUUCUGUUCCUCUUUAAAACUGGCAGAGAUUGAAAGUCAUCAUCACAGCCCAGUUCGUUCAUCAUCUAAGCGAAAAAGUAAAAAACAGCAACAAUUAUCACAUGGCCACACUAAUCUUUCACUUCUCUCCAUACCUCAGAUUGUUAUCUGGGAUCCUCAACAGCUACGAAGUUUGCAAACCCUCCCUACCCUUGGUGGCUUUGCUUACUCGCUGGGCAUCUCCCCCCUGGAUCCUGGUACUGUUGGAAUAGGAGUAGGAGACAACAUGCUUCGAGUUUGGCAAACAACCUCAUCUGCUGGACCUUAUGAAGCUUUGACUGUUUGGCAAGGGAUCAAAUCUAAAGUGAUGGUGGUAAGUAUUUUUAAACUAAACUCUGUUGGGAAGUUUUAUGCCUGGCGUUUUCUGCAUAUCUUCAAUGCUCAGAACGCGAGCAAGGUCAGGUGUUUGGGGGGUAUUUUUCCCCGGGCUCUUCAACGCUGGUUUAUCAUAAGUAAUCCUACCGCCCUUAACGUUUUAUUAGGCUUUGCUAACAGUUGGCCAGUAUUCAUAUGUGCCCCUGAGUGGAGAGGGACAUUGUGAGAUUACUGUGUUCAAUGUAACAACGCAAUACCACGGUCAGGGUCGGGGCUUUAAUCCAGACCUCAUGCUCCAGCCUGAAUCGAGCGCACCAACGACCGGACCACCCCUGUGAGAGAGAUUAGUUGUGAUUCCAUUUCUGUGUUUUUGCAGGUCAAAUGGCAUCCAAUCAAGGAAGGCUUGUUAGCAUUUGGAGCUGAUGAUGGACAAGUUGGGGUUUAUAAUAUAAUUUCAAAAAAGUGUGUAUCCAUGUUGAUUGGGCAUUCUGUGUGUGUUUUCCUCUCUCUGCUGGUCUCUUCAUGCACACCCAGUUAAUCUACUUACACUUGAACCAGGCUAACUUAGAGUUGGAGAUUCUCUUUUCUCUCCAAAAAGGAAUUCCUUGAAGCACAGGGAUAGAAAUUCCUGGCUCGAAUUUUACAUUAUGUAUGGGUAACUGGACACUGGUCAUUAUUUUACUGUGACAAAAUUAGCUUCUACUAAUAUUGGUACGUGCUUAUACAAGAUAUACAGAAAGGAAAUAUCUUUCAAACUUUAUUAUAAACCAAACUAAUCAAGGCUGUUGGCGUGAUCUUCGAACUUCGAUAGUAGACUGUCAUAAAUUUGAAUGAAGUAAUUUGUAAAAAUCGUUCAACUUCCAUUUACCGUAACUCGCUGUAUUAAGUUUCAGAUCUCUUGGUUUUCUUUUGUUUUUGUUUUUUCUCCAAAGCGCACUUUACGCCAAACGGGGUCUAGGCCCAUCUCUUCAAAACUCUUGUGGUAUAGCUGAUAAGACAAUUAUUAUAAUAUGUUUCUGUAUCUUCCUUCAAUUUCCUCCAGGUUAGAUAGCUCUUCAACAUACCACAAGAAGACAGUGUAUUCUCUGUCUUGGGGCCCUCCCUGCCCCACGGAAGGUACCUUUUUGUUUUUGUAUGGUUACUUUAAUAUUUUAUCAUACUUUUAAGUUCUACGCUCCUAACAAAAAUGUAAAAACUUUCUCUAGUCUACGACUUUGCUCCAAAUGUAUCAUCAUUUCCAAAAAGAAUCCUUUCGACUUGGCUUAUUCUUACAGUCUACAGGAUUCUUGUCAUCUAUGAGCCUGCUAUGUUGCCUACUGGCCCGCUUAUCGCAUGGCUGUGGUUUAGAGCCGUUCGGGGGACCAAGAUAUUUUCUUCGUCACUUGUUCCUUGCAAGUGCUUCACGUCUUUCUUUAGCAAAACAUAUAUUGAUACAACUGGUGCUUAAUGGUUGUAAAUUGGUGAGACAAGAAAUCUUCUCCUAAACAAACAUCGGCUGUAUUUAUAUUGUGCGGUUUGGUUUGGAAAGCCCAAGCUAAAAUUCUAAGGAGUUUAUAUUUUUACAUCUACUAAGCCAAACUGAAAUUUUCUGAGACUUGCGUUGAAGUAAGGUUUAGAUAUAUAUCUUCCGGUUUGAUUUCUGCAGAAAUGAUUGAAGAGCGAGCAUCUUGUGUGGCCAAUUUCUGAAAAUGUUUUUCUCUUUUUCUUUUUAUCGUAGGUGAUGGUGACACACUAAACCUGUACAGCUGUGCAGGAGACGGAAGUGUCCUUGAGCACAAAACAGGACAUUUUAUGGAUGAUGCAGUAGAUGUGAAUGCUUUAAUACUAAAAACAAAUAACCUCAAGGUAUGCGUGGAUUGAAACAUUUCACUGCUUCUUCCGCUAGAGGUUAAUUGUGAUACUAGUAAAACACAACUUCAAAGGUCCGUGUGUCCGUUGAUUUUGAUGCAAAAUGAACGAUGUUGGACUAGUGGUCUUGUUUGUCAAACUAAAGAGAAGAGCACGUUUGGAUAGCUGUUUGUGUUUCUAUUGUAAUAUGUUUUAUUCUGGCGAAAAUAUUGGGUUUUUUUUUAUUUUCACUUACAGCACAAGCCGUUUGGUAGAACGGAUGUUUCAUGGAAUCCAGAUGGUUCCGUGAUGGCUUUAGGAAAUGAAGAUGGGUGAGUCAGGCAUGAAUUAAUAUCCCUUGAAAAACGCUUAAGACAAAGCUGAUGCUGAGGCAGAAGCUGUUCCUAAUCCUAAUCCUGAAAAAUACAUUCAUUUGAUAAAUCUAUCUUCAAGUGGCGCCAUUUUCAUUGAUUGUUCAUGGUACUCUACAUUAAAUGCGCUGUACAGUACGAAUUUCAAUGAUGAUAAUUAAAAAUGUUAUAACAAUUACGAUGUAAUUUUAAAUAGUCGCAUUACAAUUAUAAACGAAAGCCCUAAAUAAAAUGCGUCACAUAGUAAUUUUUAUGAUUAUUAUCAUUGUCAUUCACUUUUUAGUUCAAUUGAAGUGUAUGUUCCACCGGACUUGCAACAAGUUGGGAUGAUUAUCACGCACAAAAAGAGCAUCACUACUCUUAUGUGGCAUCAUGGUCACGGCGAACUAACUGCAGCAGUAAAUGGCAAAGGUAAACUAAAGUCUUCAUUUUCAUGCUUGCGUGUAUUGUUGGUAAAGUCAGAUGAGACAUUCUCGCAUCUCUACCGAGGCUUAACCUGGUUUGUGUAAUCGUCAGACCGUGAUACUGAUUGCAUUACCCCUUUAGAGUGGGAUACAUAAGUCAGGAAUUAUUUGUUAUGUCUGUAUUGAAGUUAUUGGUACCCGUGUUAUCAGGUAGUACAAGCACGUGAUUCAGUUAAAGUAAGAGAGGAAUAGGACAUUCUUAUGGCCACCCGUGUGCUGUUUGCGUGUGUUUUACCCAAGUGAAAAAUUUAAUGGGUGCGAAAAUCAGAAAUUAUUAAAAUAAAAACGUGACUUGCGAUAUACGAUAGUCAAAUGGUCUGAUAAGGUGAUUUGAGUACCUUGACACUUACGUUAUCAACCCUAUAACUCCCAGACGAGAUUAACAUGUAACUUCUCCAUACAUUUUCAUUGCAUUGUCCAGCAGCCAGGUAAUGACAAUAGAAACGCUAGUAGGUCAUUUCCGAAUUACCUUUAGUCUAUUUUUCAAAAUGAGGCCUGGUGCUCAACCAUUCGUAUGAAAAUGAAUUUAAUUUGCAUGUGAAUGAAAACUUAUUAGCAUAUGAAAGGAUGAGCACCAGGACUCGUUUUGAAAAUGAGGCCAACUUUAAUUCGGAAAAGGCCUAUCGUCCCAACUCCCAGAAGUGAGAAUUUCAAAGAAAAUCGCGUGUGUUUCUUUCUAGGUAGUGUUAGUUGCAAGUAUUGGUUAGCGUCAGGAUCUAAUGAGUCUACCAUUCAUGUCCAUGACCUCAGCAAUAUGUUGGGUACGUAGCGGGUUACUUUAUCAGAAGUGAAAAAAUUGCAUGGUCUGUUAUGUCUCUUCGUUCACUCGCUGUUUCGUGAUCAAAAUUUAUUCCCUUUUUGCAAAGCAUUCCAACCAUAGACGUGGUUGUACUAUGAGGUUUAGGUCUGGAUUCACUCACUCCGUUCUGAUUUUGAUAGACAACUAAUUUAUCCAGUAAACGCGUUGUCCCCGACCUCCCCUACGAUCUGUACCACUCCUCAAAGUCGUCCUAUUGUCAUCUGUUCAUAUUUAUGGGAAGUGGUACUAACGCGCAAAUUUUUAAUUGAGUACAUGGAGUGAUCAACAUUAUUCAAAAUAGCGUCCGUCCUAUUUAACCGUACGCUAGAAUUAUCAAGUUGGAUUUUCCGUCUUCUCGCUCCAUCCUUGAUCGAAAGACACCUUUAUCAGUGGACCACACAAACGAAGAGGAAAUAGGCAAAGACUACUCUACUGGAAAGAAAAGGACAAACCCUUGAUUCAACAUGUUUCUCUCCUGCCGCCUCUUCAUCACAAUAACUCUUCGCUCCCUCUUCUCUCGUUUUCUCCUAACGUAAGACAUUACUUCCUAUAGAUGAUUUGUCCAGUCCUACCGCCCACGCGGCUCCCAUCACCGAAUGUUUCCGCAAGCUGUCGGGUCAUUCGGGAAGAAUCACUGAUUUGAAUUGGAGUCCACAUCAGUCGGAACUACUUCUUUCUUCGUCGUAUGAUGGAACUGCUCAGGUAAAUGAGACCCGUGAUCAGAUCCGUAUCAAAGAGCAGAGUUGGUCUCACCGUCCAGAUAAGGAGAUUUGUUUUUCCUUCGGCUGUUCUUAAUGUGUAGUACAUAGAAAUGAAGUUAUUCAGGUUAGUAUGUCUGCAGACUCUGUACAAUAAUGAGAGCAGACUGGUUCUGCAUAUACAAAUUAUUUAUCAUGCCGUGUGUAGGAAAAUCGAUAUGUCGCCAAAGAUAGUUGCUACUCCAGGAGUCGAUAAUUAUGUGUCUCACCUCGUUGUUAACCAACAGUUUGAAAGAUCUUUGUGUCACUCAGGUGACAUAAAUAUCACUGUUACUAAUGGAAACUUGGAUCAAUGUCAGUUUUGUUAGCAAAUAAGCACCUACCCUUCCCCUAACUCAACAUUAACCCUAACUUGUUAUCAGUUGACUGUUGUUGAGUUAGGGGCGGGUAGGUGCCACAGUUGCUUAGAUACUGACCAUGAUCCGAAAACCUUUAAAGUUUGUUCGAUGCAUCAAUUUUUCGUUAUUGUUGUAAUAAAAAUAAUUGUAAAUAGUUUUUUCUCAUCUUCCCAAGUCAGUAUUUUUUGUACUUCCCGUUCGUAGGUUUGGGAUGCGGUUAAAGAAGAAGCUUUGUACAAUUUUCGUGGCCAUAGCAGCCGUGUGAUGUGUGUAGUGUGGAGUUAUCUGGAUCCUGAUUUGGUAUACAGUGGCGGAGAGGACGGCACUGUGCGACCUUGGAGACCUUCACUGCAGCAGCAUCGGCAGCCACCUGUCUCGGGUAGGUGGAGGUGGACGGAAUUUGUCCGACAAGGUCUAUAGAUUCAGCGCGCUGCUAAAGGUUUUCACUGAUUAGGAAUGGCUCGCCGAGGCUGAGCCACCCAAUGUCAGAUUUACAGAUACGAACCGAAUUCCGGCAGAGGUGUUUCAUGGAAAUUUGCUGAAAUUUUUCCGAAAGAGGCCUUUUUCUUUGCUAUUUUCAUCUGGGCCGCUAUCUGCUGUUCUUCCACUUUUCGCUUAUCCACUCGCCACUAGUCAUUUCCUCUGACGUCCCAUCCUUCAAGCCGGUGGUAUGUUUUGAGUCCGCCAAAGUACAAAAGAAGCUCGUCAUUCCAAACCUCCUGCAGCCAGAAAAAGGGGUUUAAGAUACCAAGGUUUUUUAACCUUCUCAUAUCCGUUGUUGUGGAACAUGUUGUGGUUAAUAUCGAUCAUUGUCACUUAUUUUUCACGCAGACAAGAAAACGAGCCAUUCAGCAAGUAAGUUCUCCAAAAGCAAGAAGAACAAGCAAAAAGGAAAAGGGAAAACUCCGUCAGACAACAAGGAAACAUGGCGACACCAGCCAACGUCCAAUCUUGAGCACACUAGCACUCAUGAAAAACAAGCUAGAGCAGACAGCUUCAGUGAUCAUUCUCAGGAACCGCAAAUUAUCUCACCCACCUCUACUUCAGAACCUAAACCUCGAGUAAACGAAAAGGAAGAAAAACCUAACGUUAGCUCCGAGAGUGAAGCGGCUGGGAAAGAGCCGGUGAUGAAAACAGAAGAAGCGCAAUACAGUAAUGGCAGAACUGAGUCGAAAGAGGGAGUAGUGGCAGAAAAUGAGUCGUUGGACAUUUACAAUACAUGCUGUUCGGCCGAGGAGAAGAGGCCUGAUGUUGUUUUGAAACAAGAGAAAGUGAUUCCCUUAAGAUCUAAGGGUAAGUUGGACGUUACCUGUUAUCUUCUUUCUUUUUUGUUGUGAGUUGAAAGUUGAUGCGAUUCAAUUUUUAAAUGUUUGUUAAUAUGUUAUGCAGCAUUUUUGUUAUAAGUCGUUAUAAAAUUGUCGAAUUGUCAAUCGUUCGCUUCGUUUCUCAUUGUGUGAUGAAUCUUAAAAACACGUCUUUCGGGUCAUUUAAAUAUUCACUUGAAGCUCUGUUAACGGAUACUUUGGUGACCACUUAAUUUACUCUUAAAAUACCUUUGAUAAAAUACUGUGUGAAUCCUUCCCAAUAAAAUACAUGUGCUUACACUCUUGUUUAGCUGUUGCAGACAUUUUCUUUGCUUCACAAGGAUGCCCACUUGUGUAAGCUUCGACUUCAGUUUUGUUCGUGUAACUUGUUAUACCCUUGUAUUUUUAAUUAACUAACACCGUGGUUUUCGUUUGAUUUUACAGUUUCACUAGAAACAACAUCAUCUUCCAAGAAAAAGAGGAAAGUCAAAUCAAUGUUUCCGCUCUCGGCUGUUGCGGACAGCAAAUCUAAAACAGUGACACGAGAGGAGUGCAUUGAACUAGCGAAGAUUAACUAUGGUAGGCAAGACCAUCUUUAACCUUUAACUCCCAGAAGUGAUUAACAAGUAACUUCUCCCUACAAUAUCCCUGCACUAUUCAGCAAACAGGUAAUGAGAAUACUCAAAUGCAUCAGGUAGAAGUUUUUAUCUUGAUCUAACACCAAAUUCUCGUAACUUAUUUACACUGAAAUAUGCAGCAGGUAGAGGGGAGAAUUAACAAUCAGAUCUUUGGAGUUAAAGGGUUGACUCGUUUUCUCACCCAUAACUUACAGGGGGAAGCUUUGUUUUCUAUUUUAUUGCUGGUACUUAAAUGUAGCGCUUUGUUUAGAGUUUUGAAGUACGGGCUUUGCAACAGAUUGGUUUUGUUCACCGUUUCCGUCUCAAAAACGUGCCUAUUGCGCCAAAAGUCAAACGUCUUCUGCACUGAGGUUUGGUUCACGUUAUCCUGGUUCGAGUCCUGGUCUUGGUCAUUCCGUUGUAGAUGUAGCAAUGCACAAGAUUUUCGCUUCCCUCCUUUUAGAAAAUAUAAAUUUGUAACUGCAAAUUGUUAGUGAAGAAAUGUCCGGGUCUAUAGACUAACAUCCAGUUCCAGACGAAGUAACAAUACUCUGAGAUAAAUUCCCUCAAGGUUUGGGCCCCUGUAACCGUGAGAUUCCAAGUCACUGAUGCAAGGUUGUGAUAUAUUUACUGGUUUGACAGGUCAGGAACAAGGUACACCCAGUUGCGGUAACUCGCCGUCGCAUGAAGUAGCGGGAUCAGAGGAGCUUGUGAACCUCGGGUUGUUUGCUGAUAGGCGCAGCGCAUACAGGAUGUUUACUACGGAAGGUAUUUGGAUUUAUUUAGCCAAAUUUGAGAUGUUGUUUUUUUUACGAUUUGUUGGUGACGCGGUUGUUUUCCUCGAUUUUGUUGUGUAGGUGAACAUCACAAAGACGGCGGCAACCUUGAUUACCAGUUGCAGCUGGAGAUCUGGAAAGGAAAUCUUAGCGGAGCUUUGCAAAUGGCGAAUAACAAUAACCAGCUUACUGACUGGCUUGUGGCUCUCAGUCCCCUAGGUAAAGAAUACUUUAGGGUUCAUUACGUGUUUGCUUCCUUCCCUCGAUUUGGGUUUUAUCCAAAAAUAAUCCAACCAGUACCCUAUCAUAUCAACAUUUGAUUUUCGUUUCAACUCGUCUUGCGCAAAUCCUUUACUUUGAAAACCGGCUCAACUCUGUGCAUUGUGUUGCUCUCACGUCGCUGAAACUGAAACAUCUUCAUAGAAACGGGCCGCCUAUCCUAAUCCAGUUAUUUUAAGUAUUUCGCUAGGCUUGUCUAGCUUAGAGGGGUCUUUAUUUAUUAGUCUUUUUUUCAUCGUGUAAGCUGGCAAAAGUGUGUUAAAAAUAAUUAUGUUUUGACUUCUUGACCUAACUUCUAAAGUCAAGCAAAUUUGCGAUAUUGUAGCGAAAAUUCACUUUCAGGUGGGCGUGAAGUGUGGAUGGCUACAACGCGAGCGUUUGCUGACCAGCUAGAAUCGCAGGGUCAGUAUCAGCGUGCCGUUUUGUAUUACCUAGCGUGCCAUGACACGUACAAAGCUAUUGACGUAUUCAGGAAACAGCACAUGUAUAGGUAGGUCGGUACAGCACACGGUGUUAACUGGCACUGGUUCACUUUACAGUGCACAUAAAAAAAAAUUAUGUCGUUGUUUUGUUUUAUUUGUGUGAGUGUGUGUUUUUAUUUCUUCUUUUUUUUUUUUGUGUCGGGCCGUCUAAUACUAAUAGUUACCGAGCAUGUGCAGUCAAGGUAGGUUGGUUUACCAGAUCGUACAAGGGAACGGGUUGCAUUAUGAGAGGAUAAGCUGGGAGACUUACCCCCUUCCCCCCUAAUUUUUACAGUAUUCUUGAAGGUUGUCCCCUAACGAGCUAUUGUAGAGUUUAAGUUUUGAACUCCUUUUAAAUAUCACGGGUACACAGACCUGUUGUGUAACUUGGAUGUUUUCGUUCAGAAUGAUUUGACACUGUCUCUUCUUUACGCAAUUUUAAGCUCACUCGCGUCAUUGGUUCUAUGAAUAUACGCGCAUUUAUUUAGGAAAUACAGUUAAUCAGGUUGUGGAUAACUGGAACAUAAGAGGCAAUUUAUCCGAUGGGUCGCAAACGUCUGCAUACGAAACUUACAAAAACAUUACCAAGUUAACAAGUUACUAAACCGUUUCAGUCUUGACAUGAAUUCUAGAAAAGAUUUUCCCAAUUGAGUAGAAACAAGGGUCACAAAAAUUCUUGAUGCAGUAUGCAAAGAUCCUGCCGAAGCACUCCAAUCUUAUCAGCCACGCCUUAACACAAGGUAUCACACACCAAACGUACUCGAACCCGAUACAGGCAAAGUAGCAGCCAAAACAGAAUGCCAGUGGACCCCCAAAGAUGAGCGUCAACCCAAAGUAGCAGCAGUUUUUAGUGAAGUUGUACGUUCUAAAGGCGCACUUGUGCAGGUUCUUGUGGGAUUGAAAUCCUUCAGGUUCAGCUAUCAAAUCCAUGAAAUCCACCUACGGAAAAAAUUAAGAACUUUUUCAGUAAAAGAAAUUUAAUGAAAAAGUGCACAAACUUCCCUAUUAGAGCCCUGUCGUCGCUAGAAUUGCCGUAGAAUCCUUGGUUUCCUAGUGGUUGUGAUUUUCAAAAUGUUAUUUUAAGCCAAAGUAACUAAUAGCAGUUCCUGUAAUGUAAUUUUUAUAAAUUAUUGAAGCUUUUUCAUGAUAAUCCCGGUGUUACGAUAUACGUUAGUCUCUCUAGCAGAGGUUGUUGAGUUUGUCACGCAGCGCCUACGAGGGGAGUGUGUAGAGCGUGACAGGUGCAAUGCGGCAAACACUUGACUCGUGUCUAGGGAGAGUUGUAUUUUUCAGUGAAACUAAUCGCAUCUUAUAAUUUCAUAUGGCAAAAACAAACAAAUCGCGCUCUAUUUGAAAUUCUACUUCAUGAUAAAGGUAGCGUUGAAUUGCUGAGUACGUAUCGAAUGGUGCAAACCCAUGAAUAAACCAAAAUGUAAACUUCAGAUUUCUAGCAGAUUUUAUUAGAGCCGGUGAACAGUGCUUUUAUGGAGUUUAUCAAGACUUCACUCCCCCCCCCCCCCUCCUCCCUGCCCUUAUUGGAAUCGCAGGACUCUAGUUAAGUAUUUGCUACAUCCUAUUGCGACUUUCUUCCAUGUAUGUAACCACAACAUUCUGGCGAAUUAUCUUAGAUAAUUCGUUGGAUCUGCAAGUUACUCUAAAGUAGACGAAAGGAAACAACAAAUUUACCUUUAAAUAGGAGUUUAUACCCGUAGGGUCACGAUCUCCCAUAUCUAGGAUGAUGGGUUCUUGGGAUCUUGUGUUCCUACCUAACAUCCUGGCAUAAAACGUUUCACUAGGCUUUGGCAACUGUUUCUGUCUUUGGGUAGCAGAUAGACAGUUUGUAAAAUGAAGACAAUAUAACUGUUUCCGCGUUUAGCCGAUUAGUGGUCAUUAGUCUUUUCGAGCUGACAUUUCACUGCUCAAGAACAAUUACUAGAAUGGUUUUGAUGCAAUUAGAAUAGAAAGAAUCUUGCUAUAUUGGUUACUUAGGUGGGCCAAGCGUGAACUGUCCAUAAUGAAAGUGCCCCCCACAGAGCGAGAUUAUUGAUGCGGGUUUUGGAUAUAAAUGCUAAUUUCGAAAUGACAGCGCCUCCCGUUCGAAACCUCAAAUGUUUUGAAUUCGCCAUGGCGGUUUAACAACGAUCUUUUGACAAUUUAUCAUCUUUGAAUGAAUGACCGGCGGUUUAACAACGAUCUUUUGUCAAUUUAUCAUCUUUGAAUGAAUGACCGGCGGUUUAACAACGAUCUUUUGUCAAUUUAUCAUCUUUGGAUGAAUGACCGAUGAAGUGUUUUGUUUCCCGCCGACGUAACACGGCAGUUUUUUUCUUAUUUCAAGAAAUAUUAACUUUACCCAUUAUGCACACAUACAUUGAGUUUUAUGGAACGUGACAUGAAGAUGCACUAAGGCAGGCGUUACCUUUUGUAUGGUGUUUUCUAAUAUUUCCUAUACCUGACCUAUAUUCUCGUGGAGUUUUUGAAAAGUAAACAAAAUUCUCAAAAAUGAUGCAAGUGUAGCUUCUUCAGCCUAUAAAAGUUACCUAAGGACAAUGAGCGUGAAGACACUUGCCCCAGGUCGCCGCUCCAUCUCCUCUCAACAACUGCUCUGAGUAGUAUUAAAAGUUUGAAUGCUGUCAGUUUUUGAUAAGGUCUAGGAACAUAAACAUAAGUUUGAAAAGAAUUUCUUGGAGAGUGGGUUGUUAACUUAGGCUAGUUAUCUCUCACAUGAUUUAAACGCAUUUUUUGUUCUAUAUCUUAUAAGUAUGCAUAAAAGGGUACGUCGUUUGUCAAGAAUGGUAUAUGAUUAUAAACCACGGGUUUGUUAGUUUUCAACCUUUUGCUCUUUUCAGGGAAGCUAUCGCAUUGGCCAAGGUGCGGCUUUCGCCUUCAGACCCAGUCCUUUUUGACUUGUAUAGCACGUGGGCCAGGAAACUAGAAACAGACAAUGCCUUUGAACAAGCAGCUAAAUGGUAAGUUGAUAGUUAAAGCAAGUGAAGAGAUAUGCAAAUUGCUAUUCAAAUUAUACAAAAGAUAAUAAACGGCAAACUAUGUGUUUUUAGUUACUUGGCGGUGCAUUCAUCAUCCGAUGCUGUAAGGGUGCUGUGUCGUCGUGGCGAUCAGCCUUCUUUGAAGACAGCGCUUCAGGUAAAUUAGACAGACCUUUAUAAUAUCUAAAAGCUAAAUUCAUUGAUUGAUCAAUAAUUUAGACAUUUUAACAUUCCUAAAUUAUGAAUUUACCCUGUUUUGUACUAAAUCGUUUUCACGAACCGGUUUGAGAAUUUUGUAAAUUAAGGUGGAACGUAACCAAGGAUUUCGUUGGUUUCCCUUUCGUUGCUCUGUGAUUGGUCGAGAAACUCGAAACUCUACCAAUCAGAUGUUGUACUCAAACCAAUAGUCAUGUGGUCGGUUAAGGUUUCCUGCGCUUUAGGUCGGUUGCAGUGUCACCAAAUUAUCUGUCUUUCAACUCGACCUACUUUUUAUUAUUUUGUUUUUAAUAAAUGGAUGAAGGAAGAUAAUAACUUUUAGCUUGUGAUGGACUAGCAUCCCAUCCAGAGGAAGCGGGGGGGGGGGGUAGUAGUGAUACUCUCUCUUAGUCACUUCAUGUACAGAAACCAGUAUAAACUCCGGUUGGAUGAAGCAUUUGACCCGAGUAAAGACUUUGCCUAACCUUUUACUCUGACUCGUGACAGUUGCAUUCUUGGAUACUUCGUUUUUGAAGGUUGCCAUAAUUUGUGGUGAGUUGGAUCUCGUCCUCUCUCUUGCCCCUCGGCUCAUACAUUCCUAUUUGCUGUCGUCCGACUGGCGUGGUUGUCAUGAUGUUCUGAAAGAUUGUCCUGAAGUGGAGGUGAGAUUGUGAACUGAAAUGUGUUAAGUUUUUCUAAAGGAUAAGAAUAAACUGAUGGCCAUGAAAUGUCUUGGAUAAAUAAUUGACGAGUCUUAAAUGCGAUCCUCGUUUAUCAAGACUUUCAACGAAAAUAAUGGGUUUUUUUACUGUCUCCUUUAUCUUCAAAAAAGGAUUUAAAGGAACCUAGUCUGAAUCUGCGCAUCGUUUGAAAAUUUUACAAAAUUGAACCUAAUUCUACAUGUUCAGUUUUUGGAAUAAGUGCGAAUCUUCGCCAUUGGAACUAAUCUUGUUUCUUUUUUCUUCCAUCCAUUCACUUCUGACUUUUUGUAUGUCCUUUUUAUUCAUUGACAUUUGUCUAUUUGUCUCCAUUUAGCCCUUUCAUUCCCUGGGAGUGUGAUAAAUAAGUGACCCUCACCAACCCCCCCCCCCAACCCUUCCUUCCCCCCAUAAUAUCAAAACAUAAAAAGGUUCAGAGGGUAAACUGUAAGUAAUGUAUAGCAGACAGGCAGGAGAAUUUACAUGUAAAUCUUGGGAUUGAGAUUGGCACGAUUACCGACCGCUAUUCUGGAAUAUGAGCCCACGCUCCUCCCUCUCUCGGGGGGGGGUGGGGGGGGAAAAGACCAGACACGAGAGAGCGGCGGAAAUCGAGCCUUGGAUUGAAAAGGUUAAAGCUAAUCUUUUAUGACGCUUAAGUUGACAUAAAACUUUGGACUUUGGACUUUGCUUUCUUUAAUAUCUAGCAGUUUAUGACAGUUUUAGAUUGCACACUUCUUUCACUUUAUUUUAGGCUCACAUGUUGAAUGUUUGUGUUCACGAGCUUUUGCUUGCGACCCUUGCUGAUGAGAAAACAAUCCAUCUCGAUAACGCUUUGGAAGAUGGCACACAUACCCAUAUAAGUUAUAUUCUAAGCAGUUGCACGAGUAUCAGUGGACCAUGGGGUAGGUGAAUUUUGGCUUAUUAGAGAGCUUCUCGAUUGAAUCUCGUAAAUCUGAAUUUGGUAUAUUUACUUAGAUGUCUACCACUUCUCAGUAUUUUCUUCCUUUUUCCCCUGCCCUCCCUUUACUUCCCUUCACUUCUCUCCCCUUCACUCCCUACUCUUCCCUCCCCUUCCCUUUCCUUUCCUUUUUCCCGCCUCCCCUUACUUUCCAUCUCCUUCCCUUUUCUUCCCUACUGUUCCUUUUCCUUCCAUUUCCCUUCCUUCACUUCCCUUCCCUUUACUCCCGAUCCUUUCCUUUCCUCCCCUUCCCUUCUGUUCCUAUCUCUUCCUGUCCAUCCCUUUCUUUCUUUCUUUCAUUUUCCCUUCCCUUUUUUUCAUUGAAAUCUAUUUCUAUAUCCUAUAAACGCCUCUGUUGGUUAUCCUCCUAUUAGAAUGUUCCAGUUCUCAAUUAUACUAAUACUUUUUCUAAAUACUAGACGUUUUAGGAUUCAUUCAUUGUCUCGAAAUUCUUGAAAUAUUCCCCACUCUUAAAACAUCUCAUUUAUUCUUUCAGGUAAAUAUACCGAUAUCCCUUGCAGCACGUCUUCGUGGAUAGCUAAUGACCAUCCCAGGAAGUGGUUUGUUGUGUGUGUUUUAGAAGCCUGGCAUCUUUCUGGUGCAUUAAAAUCUGGAUCAUUUGCUGUUCUUUGUGAGUCGAUCAAAACUUACUACGAAACUACCUCUACUGGGGCUGAUACCAUUCCUGAGGUAUUUUUUAAUAGUACUUGAUUUAUAUUCAUUGAGUGCUGAAAGAAAUUUUUUUUGAAUAAAAAAUAAGUUAACUUUUCCGGUAAAACUCUCUUACAGCACUUUCAAUUGACCUCUCUCUCCCUUUCCUAUUUAAAGUUACACUGAACGAAAUUUUUUAUUCGGUUUUUUCUUUUUUCUUCUUCUUUUUUUUUUUGUACAAAUUUUUUGAAUUGGCAAGGUGCAAAGUCGCUCUAGUAUUAUUUUUUAGUAAUUAAGAAUAUUUCGCAUCAAAGGCCUCUCACUUCACCUCGUUUAACGACGAGGCUUCGGCCAUCUCGGAAAUAUCCUUUAUCGUGAACUGAAUGUAGUAUUUUAUUGUGCAGAUGUUAGCCAGGAUCUCCCUAGAGAUCACUCUUGGGCUCUUAAAGGCAAUUACCGGAAAUCUUUACCUGGCAUGUCAGUACUGGUUGCAAGCGCUCUCUCAUUGCAACAAGAAUUGCCUGUUUGGCUUGCAACGGCAAUUGUGUUGCAUGUUGCUACCACAAGGGAGCGAAUCUUUAAACUACUUGCAGCAUUUGAGCCAAGACUUGGAUAUAAAUUCUUCCGAUGAGCCACAAAAGGAGGAAGACGUACAGGAACUGUUUCGGCAUUUCCUUGCGUACUACUACAAGGCUAUACUGAUUGAAAUCUGGUAUAGAUACCCUGAUGUAUUGAGUAUUUUCACUUGCAAUGACAAUAUAACAGUCGAAAAUGGGGAAUGCACAAGCAAUGCCGAAAAUGGGUCUCAUGCCUCUAACGAAGCGCCUUUAGACUCUUCAAAGACAUUGUUACCGAAGUGUGCGUUAAAUAUGUUCGAGAACUCUUCGGUGAUUUCCGAAUAUAACCGAACUAAUAAGGAAGAAUCAGUUACCGAAAGGGGCGUUUAUGGUACUAUCGGUGACGUCGUCGGCAGCGGAGCGUAUGAAUUAAAGGAACUGUUAUCGUCGACGAAACGUAAUCGAGCUCGGAAACAAGACAUGAUGACCACUUUAGAAAACUUGAAAACUUUUCUGCUAUCAGAACAACACAUGAAAAUAAACUGUCUGAGAGAGAUUCUCACUGACAUUCGAAAAGCGAUAUUACUGAAGAGAUCAAGACAGCUCAUGGAGGCGAUUUCUACUGACAGCAAAGUAAGCCAAAAGAAGAAGAAAAUUAAAACAUCAAGUGAUCAUCUUACUCAUUCCAGUCAACCGCAAGGCUUUUUGCCGAGCCGUGGUGAAGGGGAUCUAACAAGCGAGACAACCAGCAGGGGUAGUUCAGUUGAUCCUGGAGAGUUUACACAGACCACAUCAAAUGAAGAGUUUGGUUUUGGUGAUACUGUCUACUCAGAGUCACGGCCGGAGGAAACUGAGAAAGAGCCAAGAGGCGAUGGUCUUUCGGGAAGUGUGAGGGAUGAGGAAGCACACAGAGACGAAGAAAUGAGUACUGCACGUAAGGGGCUUGGAGCGAUUUCAGCGAGUGAGGCAACUGCUGGUAAACUCUCAACCUCAGAUGGAAAACUUCCAGUCGAUUUAAGAUACAUAACCAAUGAAACGACUUUAGCGUUUCUAAUAGAGGAGGAAAAGCGAGCCUUAAACGAGCUCGAGGAGCUUGAAUUUAAGGUUUGUGACAUUAUAAUUUUUUGUGUAACUAUUGUACGUCGUUGAGUCUGGUCGAUGUUCUUCAUAACUUAUGCCGUUUUCCUUAUUUUUAGAUCACAGAUCACAGCCGGGAAGGGGGGGGGGAGACGACAGAGGGGCAUUAGUCGUGGCCAACAGAGUAUAGAGGAAGCACUGGAGAAUAUUGACUGCCAAUUUACUGCCAAUGAGGAGGGGAGGGGAGGGGAAGGGGAAUGAGGAAUGAAUCCUAAGAAUAUCUUAUGGGGGAUCAGGUAGAUUUUAUCGUGACGCAAAAAAAAAAAAAACAUGCUCCAAUCCCCAUCCUCUCCUCCCCCCUUCUCAUAAAUAAUGACCGGUUCCUAAGAGCAGCGGGGAAAAAAGCGUGUUGAUUUGAGUGUCGGGUUCGGUACAUCCGCCGUGAAUUUUGUGUUUCAUUCCCUUCAUCCAUUUUUUUCUUAAAUAAGUAUGAUAAUAGAGAACGUCUGUGGCACAUCCCUGAUGAGUUUAGUCUGCCAGAUAUUUGUUUAUUUUUAUUUUUUUUCUGCAGGAUCUCUCAUUUCCCUCUCCACUGGAGUCGGCUUUGAUAAUGGGACACCUUUGCGCAUGUUCAGAUGGUCUUCCUAUUUAUGGCGUUGACCUUCGUGAACUGGGAAUUCGUGUUGUUCAAUGGGCUCAAAGAUUUGCACAGACUUGUACUGAUCUUAAGGCAAUUAGGCGGAUUGAUAGGAUGCACAACUCAAACAGCACGAUUAUGUGAUAUUAUAAGACCGAUGAAAAUAAAAAACUGAAGGAUGCUUCCGACCACUGGUGUAGGUGGUAGAUGAGAUACAAAUUGUGCACGUGUUAAACUGCUGACUAAGGCAAAAUAAGGAAAUUUAAACCUCUACGCUUCAGAAGAAAAUUGUGCCAAUGACUAAGGAGCAUUUAUUACGCUUUAUGUUGCAUUUUGCUGAGUACAAGCUUUUCUAAGAGAAUUUCAGAUGUACAACAAAUACAAUCUGAAUUUUUCUAGCUGUUGUGUGAAUUGUAUGCGAUGAGAUCCAAGUCUGGUUUAUGACACUCGUCGGCAUGUUUUGACGAGAAUAAAGUACGUUAUGGUGAAUUGAAUUGAAUUGUUAGUCUGGCCCG